AAGUUUUAAUUUUGAAGACCUAAGAUUAAAUCGUGUCUAUUCCUGAACAUGUCAAGCCAUGUCUGUUCUUUAGGCUAAAUUGAAUAAUAUUCCGAGAAAUUUAGGCUCGUUAUUACGGUAACGAGCAGCGUUACCAUGGAAUUACGGAAAUACAUACGUAACUGCUGAAAAACGGUAGACGCCACGAGCGGGCGGCAUUGUUUAGAGAAAAAAAGUAGAAAAAUGUGAAAUUUGUAGCGUUUUUUGUCGUUCCUCGGACUAAUUAGUUUCUGUCACGCCUUUAUCUGAUUAACCACAAGCCGGACUAAACAAUGCUUUACAACCAGAUGGAGGGAAAGGGGAGUGCAGCAGACAGCAACCAAACAAGAGAUUGUGAUGUCCGCCUAAAUUCAGUGGUGCAGCUGAAGAGAGUUUCCGCACCGGAGAUGCCAAGAUGCAGCGUUUGAUAUGCUCAAGCACUAUUAAUCAAAAUUCAUCACUUGGAGAGGCUGUAGUCAUCAGAUAUUUUUCAUCUUGGACGACUAACAUGUUUCACAACAGAGGAACAAACUGCAGUGAAGACUACAUGAAGCUAUGACAACAUUUAUAGAAACAGUCUUUAGCAUCUCUGCGGAUAGAUAUUUUUGACUGCUUCUAGGCUUCUGUUUUUGUACUCAAGUAUGUAAGAAGUCUAGGCUGACAAAAUAGUCCCCACCAAGUAUCUGGAUCUGUAAAGAAAAUCAAUCAAAAGACAGGACUGUGAAAGAGGAUAAUUUCUUGAAGAUGCUUCAGACUGGGAACUACUCACUGGUGCUGUUGAUCCAGCUGACCCUGUUGGCCUAUGACCUUUUUGUCAACUCCUUCAGUGAACUUUUAAGGGGAGCAGCUGUCAUCCAACUUGUGCUUUUCAUCAUCCAGGAUAUCGCCAUCUUGUUCAACAUUAUCAUUAUCCUUUUGAUGAUGUUUAACACCUAUGUGUUCCAAGUUGGCCUUGUUUCUCUGCUGCUGGAGAGAUUCAGGGCUCUGCUCAUCUUCUCUGCUGUCUACCUGACCCUCAGCAUCUGUUUCCACUGUUGGGUGCUGAACCUAAGAUGGCUAGAAUCAAACCGUUUUGUUUGGACAGAUGGUCUUCAAGCGCUUUUCGUUUUCCAGCGAACAGCGGCUGUGUUGUACUACUACUUGUACAAGCGCACAGCAGAGUGCAUGGGAGACCCAAGGCUUUAUGAAGACUCUCUGUGGCUGCGUGAUGCCUUUGCUAGAGCUGUUCAGUGAAGAUGGGACAGUUUUGAGCUGAUUGUCAAAGGAUGAAGAAUGGCCUAUCUGACAGUACAAGACUGAGCUGCAUCUUCAGCUACUCUGAAUUUUCUAUCAUUUCCUCAGAUUUCACACUUGGAAACCAUAGCAUCAUUACACAUAUUCCCAAAAUGUUAAAAACUGAUGGAACUCAUGUCCAAGUAGGAAAGGAUGCAAAGUCCCAAAAUACUAUGUUUACUGGCUCCAUGCAGAGAGGCAGACUGGCAGUUAAAAGGUUUACACUGACAGGUAAGCCAAGGAUGGCACAUGUAGUAUUGUAUUAAUCAGGAUGAGUCAGUUAAUCUAUGUGGCCUUGUCAAACUAUUUGGUCUGCAGACUGAAUGCAAAUUAAAGACAUUUAUAAGGAAGAAUUUCCAAGUGAGAAAUGUUGAACAAAAAGGUUUGACUAGCCUUGGCAUAUGCUUUUCUUUUUGUUUUGUAACCAUGAACAAAUUGUGUGUAGUGAUAGUCCUGUUUGACAAUUCUGGAUGGAAGAGAUCAGUUUUUUUUGCCUUAUGUAAUGUCAGCAUUGUUGUUUACAUGUUGAAUACAAUUUUAAGAAGCCAAUUUUCAUGUAAACUCAGGUGGAUUUUGAGCAAGGAUCUUUAAAUCGUGUUCACACCGUUUUUAUUAAAUAAUCCUCUAAUUCCGAUGUAAUCCUUCAUCACUACGGUAGUCAGUAUUAUCCAGGAGACAAGGUGAAACAGGCGGCUCUAUUUUUAACACAAAGAUUAAUCAGGGAUUGAGGUUUUAAAGGCCACUAGUAAAACACACAACAAAUAGCUUUCAGUGUGACAAAAUAACGGGCUAUUCUCAGACAGGUUAAGUGGCAGUGCACUUAUGGCCUGGUGCCAACAUUUUACAAAACUGUUAAUCUGUCAUAUUAUGAAAUCCAUGGAUUACUGCACCGAAAGGGGGG